UCUCCACUGCAAAGCGCGUACUAACCUUUUGUCUGUUUUAAUAGGUCUGUGAUUGUUGUCCAGUAGAUUAAUUUAUCUCUGUGCCAUGCAAUUUAAAGAGCAAACAUAAAGUUUAGAAUCACUUACUGCUUUCUCUUAUUAUUCUGUUAAUAUUCCCAUAAAAUGGCACUGAAAAGGAUAAAGAAAGAGCUAGAUGAUUUGAGAAGAGACCCACCAGCUCAAUGCUCUGCAGGCCCGGUUGGUGAUGAUCUGUUUCACUGGCAAGCCACGAUUCUUGGACCACCUGAAAGCUCGUAUCAGGGAGGAGUGUUUUUCUUGACUAUUCAUUUUCCAACAGAUUAUCCAUUCAAGCCACCAAAAGUUGCAUUCACGACGAGAAUUUAUCAUCCAAACAUCAAUAGUAAUGGUAGUAUUUGUCUUGAUAUUUUGAGGUCUCAGUGGUCACCAGCCUUAACAAUAUCAAAAGUUCUUUUGUCAGUUUGUUCACUAUUGUGUGAUCCUAAUCCAGAUGAUCCUUUGGUGCCAGAAAUAGCUAGAAUCUUCAAGACUGAUCAAGAUAAGUACAGCGAACUUGCACGAGAAUGGACAAGAAAGUAUGCGAUGUAACAUUGUGAGCCUGUGUCAGUUUGUGGCAAAACAUUAACACUUGUUACUUCUUACCACUACCAGAAUAGGUAGAAAAUCAAACAUUUUCUUUUCCUUUUCAUUCGGUUCUUCUGAUUGGAAACUAUCUAAGUUUUGGUUAUAUGUUUUAAAUAAAAAACAUUAUUCAACAGUAUCCAACAGGAGAACCCACAAAUUAAGCCUUGUAAUCUGUGUUAGUAACUUGUACUGUUGUAAUUUUGUAGAAGUUCCCAUAUGCGUAAAAAUACUAGAUGUAAGUAUAAAGGCACUGUUAAUGGUUGAUUGAUAAUUAAAUUAAAUGAUGAACUGGUAUAUGUUUGAAUUUUUUGUUACAAGUUUCUCCAUGACAAUUUUCUUCAAAUAUAUCAUGUAAAUUGAUCUAUUAUAAACAGUAUUCUUGAAGUUACGAUCCUUGCAACUAUGUUACUUGAAGUCAAAGAAGGUGAUAGUUAAAGAUAUAAACUUAGAAACUGUUUGCAUUUCAGAUAUUUUAAGAACUGUACCUAAUUUAGAUAAUUAAUAAUUAAGUCUUGUUUGCUUAUACACAUUGCAACAAGUUGAAAUGAAUAAAGAAUUUUGCCAUGUAGCUUAGUUGUUAUACAUGUAUAAACCCACAACUGGAUUAAUUACCGUUAUAUAAAAAUCAGUAGUGAUAUUUCAAUAUACAUAAUAUUUUGAAACAAAAAGUAACACCAGUUUUUCACAUUACUUAUUAACUUAAUAUAUUGCCAUGUUAUUUCAAAUAUUUCACAAAAAAAAUUAUCUUCCUAUGCAGAUAAGAAAUGGAAAUUACACAACACUGAAUUUGAAAACAGUAUUAUUUUACAACAGUGAAAUAUUAUAUUCACUUAAAAUGUAUCAUUAGUUUAAAUAUGCACUUACUGUGUUUAGUGGAACUUGGAAGUCUUUAAGAUAUAUAUUAAGAUAAUCUAACUCUAACCUAGUGUAAUGAAAAACUCAGUAUUAGUAUUACGUUAUAAAUAGGUAGAGGUAUGUCCAUAAAACAUUUUGAAAUAAUUACAUACCUUAUUAUGAAGAGUAAGUAAUACUGGUCAUUGAAGUAGUAAAUAUAUUACAAGUGUAUGGGGCAAAAAUCCUAAAAUGAUUUUAUGUAGUUCAUCAUUGUCUUUUACUUCUUAAAAUUUGAGUGUUCUUUUAUUUUUGUCUUUUUAAGAAAGUGUUCAAUCAGUUAAUAGAAUAGUAUGUUAUUACUUUAAUUUUCCAUCUCACUCUUACAAUUUUAGAAUAUUAUAUGCAAAAAAUACGAAAACAAUAACAGGUUAUAAAAAUAAGUUUUUAGACUCGGAAGAAACAAUAAGAAUGGUUAUUGUUACCAUUUACAAAAUGAAAUACUUAGAAGACUUGUGUGAUUUCUAACUGAUAAUACAGGAAGGAAACAUAACUGUGAAAAUUGAAAAUCAUUGUUUGUUUAUUUAUCUAAUUUUUAAUAAUAAAAUUAAAAAACAAGAGACCACUUGGCCUUUCGAAACUACGCUUUGCACAACUACCCUUGCGAAAAGUAAAAAUUUAAAGUCACUAUUUUUCAGAUAAUUGAUUAACCCUCUUAAAUUCAUGUAAAGUAGAAAAUAAAAUUUAUUUGGAGACUUA